GCCGCCUCUCAAAGCACCACAAUCGCCUACCAUGACUAUGAAGCUGCCAAAGACGAAAUAAAUCCUCCGUAAUGGGUGCUGCCUACGGCCGUCGUCGACGGCGUAAAUGUCAUCCACCUCCAUGUCCUCCCCCGCCUUCUGAUCAUGAAGAUUCACCCGUCCGCUGGCAUAGGCAUUUGGGUAGAUGGGUGUGUCUCUCUCCGGUCGACUAUCCUUUGUUUUGGUAUGAUAACGGAAUUUGGAAAGCGUGGGUCGAGAUCCCUAAAGACCUUAGUAGCGUUUACCUGGCCAGUGGGCAAAAUACCACCUCGAGCAACGGAGACUUAUACGACAAUUGGGUACCUGAUUUGGCAGCUGAGGAAGUCUGGAACAGUAGAAGAAGUAUCAGGUCUGGAGGCAAUGAUAUCCACACGAAAAGGAUCAACAGGGUAAAGGAGUGGGUCGAGAUUUUUAAAUUCAGGUGGUGUAAGUUUUGGCACAGGGAGGAAGCCAGUAUCGUUUGUCAAAUAUGAACUUUAUAGUGUUGAUCAAACGAAAGAUCUGCCAUCAAAGCGUCCCGUCGGGGGUAAGAGGAGUACUACGACGCUAGUCAAAGUCUCAAGCCUAAAUACCAAGUCAUCUCUAUUCCU